GUAGCCGAGAGGUGCAGCGCUGCUGUAGUGUUUCUACAGAGACGCAGUAAUUCAGUGUUUCAGUCUUUUAGAGAUUAGACAUGUCUCUGAGUGUUUAUGAGGAUCUGAUCUACUUUGAGGAGCUGAACAGAGCAGAUCGAGACGAGAUAACGGUGGUUAUAUAUGAGAGCUCAGAUGCUGUUAGAGACCUGGACCCCGACACAGAGAUGGAGGACGCCAACAUGAUGAGGAUCCUAAAGACACAACGAGCAGAGAGUCGCUCUGCAGGAAGCAGACGCUACAGACUGGCUGCAGUGGGUCUGGGUCUGCUGUGUGUUCUCCUGCUGACUGCCAUCACAGUGCUGUGGAUCCAGUUCAACCACCUGACUGCAGAGAGAGACCAGUUACAGACCAGUAACACCAACCUGACUGCAGAGAGAGACCCGUUACAGACCAGUUACACCAACCUGACUGCAGAGAGAGACCAGUUACAGACCAGUUACACCAACCUGACUGCAGAGAGAGACCAGUUACAGACCAGUUACACCAACCUGACUGCAGAGAGAGACCAGUUACAGACCAGUAACUCCAACCUGACCAUGGAGAGAGACGGGCUCCAGAGAAGAUUUUCUGAAGUGGCAAAUAGGGACGGGUGGAUGUACUUUAACUCCAGUCUUUACUACGUCUCUACUGAGCAGAAAAAGUGGAGUGAGAGCAGAAACGACUGCAGAAAGAGAGGAUCAGACCUGGUGAUCAUCAACAGCAGAGAAGAACAAGACUUCAUUAACAUGUGGAGAAACGGUCAGCAGGCUUGGAUUGGUUUGAAACGAGACACAGAGGGGGUCUGGAAAUGGGUGGACGGAUCAGAACUGACCACUGGGUUCUGGAAAGAUGGAGAACCCAAUAAUCCAAAAGGACACUGUGUCACGACUGGCCUUGGAUCUGAUGCUGCAAAGAACUGGGUUAACAAUCCCUGUUAUCACCAGUUUGUUUGGAUCUGUGAAAAAAGAAUGUUUAUUAGUGAAGUAUAGUGUGUCCUCCCCUUUAAACUCAGGCGGCACCAGUUACAAAAAUUCGGUUACCCACUCCAGUACCUCAAAUUAAUGAGUAAAGACGGCACAAAAGUAGCAUCAAGGAUAAAUUAUUUUAUUAAACCAACAAGUAAUGAAUGGACACAGCAACAAAUAGAUUCAUCAAAUGAUCAAAUUGUAACAAAAACUAAUAUUGAAAAAGAGGAAACAUAAAAAAGAAGUACUUCACACAGUGAUGACACUUCAAAAUAAACCCACUACAAUCAUUCACCACAACCACAGACUUCACUACACACUUAGCCUGCAGCCGAUUUCAGCCUCAGAACUGUCCAUGUGUUGUGGUUGAUACAGCCACAGGACAACCUGCAACACAAUAAAAGAACAAUAAUUCAACCCAAACCACUCCCAAGAUCGAACCAUUACAAGGGGGAUGGAAAGACAACCAUGCAUGAGAACUGUAUACACACACACACCUUUACCUGCAUGUAUGUGGUAGAAAGAACCUGCACACACUUUAAUGGUCCAGGCUAUGCAAUAUUCCCAAGGUGAUGAACUUCUGUCUGGCACAGCUACUUUAUAACUGCGUCUCUCCUACCAGAGCUUAAUGUUAACUGAAAUAAACCAUAAUUAUUAACAUUCAAAUUAUCACAGCUUAUAAAACAACCUUAUCAAAUGAUAGAUACUAAAGACAUAACCCAGCAGAAGCCUCCUUCAUAUUAUUAUAACCAAAGAGCAAACUGCCACAAUACUCACAGUUUUCUCCCAAAUGUAGUCAGCUUACCGAGAACUUGUGUUACUCCCUAUCAGGCCCGUUAUAGCAGGGCAAACAAACCAAUCAAUUGUCUAGGAAUUGUCUAGGAGCUGUCCUGGGGCCCCAGACAACUAAUUAUCAUAAACUGAAAGCAAG